AUGAGCCCCAAAGCUACUUCUGCAAAGGAUUCGCAACCAGACGAAAACCGUGAAAGACUCAAACGGCUGGGCAUGCAGUGCGUCUCGCCUGGUUUUGGCAAAAUGGACAACCGAAUGCUAUCAACGAUUCAACUUUCCAGAGACAUAGCUAAGGGCCAGAAAGAAGUGAUAAACAAGCUAAGUACACGUCAAACGGAAGCUUUAAAAAACUCCGAUUAUGGUGACGAAGUUGUGCCCAAACAUGUCGAGCAAACAAAUCAGGACGUACAGCCAUCGAGUCUCGACUCUCUCGAUCACGAUAGUCACAAACGAAGCCCCAAGUCUCUUAAAAGAGGUCGUGUUCCUCCACCCUUGAAUAUAGGAUCCUCUGGAGCCAAUGGUGACGGCACACAAGCCAGGGCGGCCGAGUCCCAUGGGAAUCGGUUCCAAGGUGCCAAAAGUGCUCCUGCCCACAUUACACGGUACCCUAGAGGCAAAUCAAGAGUCCAAUAUCUUGGGCGCACGACUUCCAACACGGAUGCAAAAAUACGAAAAAGACCAAGGCCCAAUUCAUCCUGGCCGUAUUUGGUGAAUGCACCUUUUACACCUUACGGUUAUUGUCAAAUCCCACAAACCGCUGCAGUUCCGUAUCAUAUGGGAUACGGCUCGUUUCAAAACGCAUAUCAGGCUCCCUGCGUAAUGGCUCCAAUACCCUAUGCCAUGAUGCAAACGCCAUUUGCAGAUCCGUCUUCUGCGCCUACCAACACGCUUCAGCAGGAUUUUGAUACUUACAGAAGUCAAAAUCCAGGUGUUGGAACUCGCGAUUUGUUUGGCAAUAAUGAAAGUCGAUGGGCCCCAAUCCAGGUUCAGCCUCAAAGUGCACGAGACGAAUUUUUUGGAGCGAGAACUGGACAAACCACGAGGUAUAAGAUGGAGGACUCCGAGAUCGAAAUAAAGCCUGAAAAUACCGUCAAUGGUAAUGAAAGCGACACCGAGGAGACCGACCUAGCCAUCGAGGAGGGUGCAGAACCCAAUAUAGCGGGGGAAAAUUCGUCCGGGCCCAGUUUAGCUAGCAACGCUACCGUGGACGGCGAACUUCGACUUCAAAACGAUAAAUUUGGAUUCUCAUUUGCACUUCUGGAAGCUGCCACGGACAAAAAAAUGUUUAUGUCGAUAUGUGACAAAGUCUGGGACGAAUUCAGAGUGCUCAAGAGACAGGAGUAG